AUGAAAGAGAAGUCGAAGGAGGAGAAAAAACAUGCCGAAAAGAAGCCGAAAGCUAGUCAUGGGGAUGAAGAGGAACCAGAAUCUUUCGAACCGAGAGAAAAAGAUCCCUUCGCGGGACUGCCAAAGAGCACCUUUGACCUAGACGCCUUCAAACGUGUUUACAGCAACGAAGACACGUUGACAAAGGCGGUCCCGUAUUUCUGGGAACAUUUCGACCCUGCCAACUACAGCAUAUGGUAUUGCGAAUACAAGUACCCAAGCGAAUUGGCAAAGAUUUACAUGAGUUGCAACCUCAUCACUGGUAAUUUUUUUCUUUCUCGAAAGCUGUGA